UCGGAAGCGGUGAGAACUGAGAGGCACUGGCCAGGAAGCGGGGAUGGGGGCAGUUCUCUGUGCGUAGACUGAAGUAUUCCUUGCUCCGUCCUACGCGGGUCCGUGGCGGCCUGACAUCAAGGGCCGGGAACGUGUAGGUCAUGGCGCUGGCCUCGCGAGUGUGGCGCUUUCUCCCUUUGGCACGUGGAGCUGUUCCGGGUACUCGGUUUCCGACGAGGACUUGGGGCAGCCGUGAGCAGUGCUGCCCCGGGCGAUUCCGCGGCCCUGAGGUGAUAGGUAACGCAGGAACUUUGAAAAGAGGCCUUUUAUUCUCAGCCUUGUCUUAUUUGGGUUGUGAAACUUAUCAAGUCAUUUCGCAGGCUGCUGUUGUUCAUGCCACAGCCAAAGUUGAAGAGAUUCUUGAACAAGCUGACUAUCUGUACGAAAGUGGAGAAACAGAAAAACUUUAUCAGUUGCUAACCCAAUACAAAGAAAGUGAAGAUGCAGAGGUACUGUGGCGAUUGGCUCGGGCAUCACGUGAUAUUGCUCAGCUUAGCGGGACUUCAGAAGAGGAGAAAAAGCUUUAUGUGUAUGAAGCCCUAGAGUAUGCAAAAAGAGCAUUAGAAAAAAAUGAAUCAAGUUUUGCUGCUCAUAAGUGGUAUGCAAUCUGCAUUAGUGACGUUGGAGAUUAUGAAGGCAUCAAGGUUAAAAUUGCAAAUGCCUACAUUAUCAAGGAGCAUUUUGAGAAAGCAAUUGAACUGAAUCCUAAAGAUGCCACCUCAGUUCACCUGAUGGGUAUUUGGUGCUAUACAUUUGCUGAAAUGCCUUGGUAUCAAAGAAGAAUUGCUAAAAUGCUGUUUGCAACUCCUCCUAGUUCCACUUAUGAGGAGGCCUUGGGCUACUUUCAUAGGGCAGAACAAGUGGAUCCAAACUUCUACAGCAAAAACUUGCUUCUUUUAGGAAAGACAUACUUGAAAUUAAAGAACAAAAAGCUUGCUGCUUUCUGGUUAAUGAAAGCCAAGGACUAUCCAGCACACACAGAGGAAGAUAAGCAGGUACAAACAGAAGCUACUCAGUUGCUUACAGGUUUGUGAAAAGAAAUGAGAUCUUUCAGAGAAGAAAAUACAUGAAAUACCCAAUAAACAUUGCCUUUUGUUUUAUUUAUAAAGAUAAUAUGUUAAUCAUAA